ACGCACAACAUGCCAAAAGCUAUUGAAAAGCUGAACGACAUUACAAAGAAACAUACGGUAUUUUACGAUGAAGCACGUGGCACGUUUGAAAAGCAACUCAAUGUUGAGGUCAAUCCACAAUUGAAGGAAAUCGAUUUUUUUGGGAAACAUACCGCGCCACAAGACGAUUAUACACCGGAAUCCGCAAAUGAUAGAGAUGAUGGUGAUGGCGGUGUCAAUGUUGGAUCUUUGAUAGAGUUGAAGGAUUUGUUGGAACAAUUUGAGAAAGGACAUAUCACAUUUGUGGGAGGCGCCGGAUAUGGUAAAACUACCUUACUCAAAGCUAUAUCGAGAGGAGCCCUUGAUGGACGAUAUAUGAAAAAUGUUAAUGCCAUUCACUUCAUGCAAUGUGCACCUUAUCUACCAAACAAGCUAAUAACUGCACGUGAAUUAAUAUUUGGAAGUACUUUGAAAGAUUUAUCUGAUGAAGAAGUCACGCAAAUUAUCGAAGAUAUAAAAUCAAACCCAGAUGGUUUUGUUUUUGUGCUGGAUUCAUUAGAUUCCCUUCAGUAUGACCUUGAUGGAGUUUAUGAGUACAUUAAUGACGUCAAUGAGGAAGCAAAUCCGGAAGCAAUUCUUUGGAAUUUUCUUGCUGGCAAUCUCUUUCCUGGUUCUCGCAUCAUCACGUCUAGCCGUGAACAUUCGAUCCGUAAUUACAAAGGAGAAGUUCGACCUCAAAAAGUAGUCGCACUCACAGGUCUUACAAAAGAUUCUAUCAAGGAAAUAAUCGUUGGUUACUUGGGAGAAAAGAAAGGAAAUGAAACAAUGCAUUAUUUAAAAAGUGAGUGUCCAGAUCAACUUGCAUAUUGUAGCACUCCUGUGUUACUAGUCUACACUCUAGUUGCACUGCAAGAUGGUAGCGAAGAAGAAAAAGAUCCGCAAUCACAAAGACAAGGUAGAUCCAAGCCUUCCACAAUAUCUGGUAUUACAGUAUCUGUAUUACAGAGCAUUAUGAGAUCUGAUCACGUAACAAAAGAAAAGAGUUCUGAGGAUGUUUUGGAAAUCUUUAACAAGUUAAAAGCUCUGGCUCAUAACGGCUGUUCGGAGAGCAAAGUUCAUUUUGCGGAGGAAGAUUUUCGACACGUCGGUUUGGAUCGUAGUGACGCAGUCAGCAUUUCUAUUAUAACUUUAAGAGGCGGAAGAGGAAGCAUACUCCAAGGAAACGAUUUACUUUUUUUCAGUCAUCAGAGUCUCCAAGAAAUGCUUUCUGCAUUUUUUAUUUGUGAGAUGAAUAUAGACGACUUCACUACAUUUGUUGCGCAGGAUCUUGACAAGCCAAGAUUUCGAGUGGUAAGAAGAUUUCUGUGCGGCGUGCUGAUGGACGAUGAUCUUUUUCAACAGGCGGAGCAGAUGUUAAUUCAUGAAAUAACAAAUGUCGAAGAAAAAAAAAAGAUUCUUCGGGAUUUUUUUACAAAAGAGCUUCGUCGACCGAACUUGGAAGGAGCAGACUUACUCGAAAUUAUUUUAUCGUUGCACGAAUGCAGAGAAGGUAUAGAUGCCGUCAUCAAGGAGAAUUUAUACCGAAUAAACUUGGAGAAUUUUCCGUUGUCUCCUGGCGAUUGUCAUGCUUUGGGUUCUGUUAUCUCACGUUGCAAUGUUUUUGAUGAUCUGGAUAUACAAAAUUGUAGCAUUAACGAUGAAUCAAUCAAUAUUCUUUCAUCUGUGUUGGAAAAAUCAAGAUUGAAGAAUUAUGAGUUAUGGAUUGGCCUCAACACAGAUCUUGGCGUAGAGGGAUAUUCAACAAUGGGAAGAUGGUGCAAAAAUUGUGUCAUCGAUAAACUUCAUCUCUAUAGAUCAGAUAUGAAGCCGGAUCAGUUGGAUGCCUUGCUCGACACAAUGAAAAAUAACAAAAUUUCUCUUCUUGUUCUCCAUGGCAACACAAACAUGGGAAUUCGAGGUAUGAAAACGAUAAAAAAGAUGGCAGCUCAGUGUGGACUUGAAAAACUCGACAUGCAAAAUUGUCGAUUAACAACAGCGCAGUUACAGGAAUUGUCAAAUAUGCCACCAAAUACAAAGUUUAACACACUUCGUCUUAAUGAGAAAAGAGCCGUUUCAAAGGAAGAUGUACAGGCAUUGGUGGAUCUUCUCCCUCGAGUAACAGAUACGUUAUCGUUGUUUGGAUGGAAAAUUUCGAACGAUGAUUUCCUAAUGUUAGAGACGAAGAAACCAGAGGGUUUGAAGAUUGAUAUGAAAGGAUCUCAUGCUGACGGAGUAGAGGAAAGUGAAGGUUACAUCGACCCAAGAGGUUUUCAAAUGAAGAUUGGAACAUGUAGAGUACGAUUCCAGAGAAAUACUGUCGAAAAACCGACGUUUUUUCAAGUUCUUGCCACAAUUAACCCAGGGAACGAGCCGGAAGGGUAUUUUACUAUCACACCCCGCAUCACAUGUAACCCACCAAUAAAUUUUAACGUCCCUAUGACGGUCAAGCUACCAACGUGGUGCAGAACUGAAUCUGAUGAUGUCAUUGCUUAUGUCAUGUACAAAGACAAAGGACAGGACGCUACCUGCCAGAUUCUGGAACGAAAAAAUUUGAAAGACUGUGGACGACAAAUAACAUUCGAAUCUGCUUACCACAUGUAUUUUUGGGUUUCCAUCGAUAAGAAUUCACUGAACAAAGUUACUUACAGUGCGCAUAUUUCUGUAUACUAUGCCCAAAGUGGAAGGUUCAAAGCUGUCUUAUAUACUGGAGGAAAACCAGAUGUAGACGCAGAAAUGAGGAAAAAAGGUUUCAAUAAAGUCGACGCCGAUUUUGAAACUAAGAAAAUUGCCAUAACGAACAAACUUAGCCUUACAUUUGCAUGCAAAUUUCCUGGUCAAGAGGUUAUGACAUUUGGACCCGAAUCCAAAGAAUAUUUCCUGCUAGGAGAAAACUUUGCUCUCACACGACGAAGCACUGUUGACUUCAAAUUACAAUCACUUCCUAAUCCUGGACAGUACCUGAAAAUAACAUCAACUCUCAGUGACGGCGAAUCAUUGGUUACCGAUUUGUUGUGGUCGGGAGAAGAAUCUUCAUCUACGAGCCAGUCAUCAUUGGAAACAGAAGAGGAAGUCCACUUCACUAAAUCAACAGAAAAACAUAUUGAUAAAGAAGGAGAAAUAAUAUCGCUAAAUGGAAACAGAAUUAUCUUCCCCGAUGGUGCCUUGGAUCAAAAAACAAACAUAAAGUUAUCUGUAGAUAGCGAUCCUUCGCAUUGGCCUUCACAGUUUGUGUUAAUCUCGACGAUUCUUAACUGCGACUUGUCUGGAUCAAAAUUAAACAAACCUGUUAGAGUAGAAAUGGAAACAUGGUGUACAACCUAUCACGGCGAAGCAGAAAUAUUGGUUUUAAAGAAAAAGGAUAAUGAUACUACAUGGAAAGUCGAGAAAACUGCAAAAUUGGGGACUUCCGGAACUGUGGGAUUUGAGACUAAGGGAUUUUCGCUAUGUUCACUGGGAUAUUAUGUUAAAACUGCAUACAUGUUUCUGAGAGAAUUACUUGGAAUUCCUAUCAAAUAUCAUAUGACCAAUUUGCUAUAUUAUAACAACGACGCAACUUUUACUUCGAUUGUAUGCAAACGCGAUACUACAAUUCUAAAUGAAAUUCGGGAAAAUAUGUCACGCGGGAAUAUUGGUAUUGAAUUUAUGACACCCGCAUUGAAUUUCAUUUCGCCACCGGGAAGUCAAAUCCGUAUUGCAAUAAGCUGUAGCCAGCCACUCCAAUGUGAAUUUGUAGAGGGCGACUCAGGAGACGAAGUUCGAAUAGACAUUGAACCUCCUAAGCGCCGAAAGGAAUCUUUCACCGAAAUAUUUGUGGAUCAAGUAAUGUCAAACAUGUGGAAACAAAAGUAUUUCAACCUCCAACCAAAACCUGAUGAUUCUUGCAAUAGUUUGGAAAUAGGAUACUCCGUUAUUGUUAACUCUGAGACUCCAGAACUACACAGUAUUAGAAAUCGGUGGCCAGCAGUUUUACCGACACCACCACCUGCUCCAGUGAUUCAAGGAAAUUAUGUCAACUACGGAUCCGGACAGAUAAAUAUAAAUAAGAAUGAAGGCCAAAAUAUUCUGUUUGUUUCUCCACAAGCAAAUGUGCAAUAACAAAUGCAGCGAUGGUCGGUAUUCAAGCUUACAAGCUAAGCUAUCAAUGGAGUGUGCCAACUCUAAAGAAUUCUCCUCAGUGGAAGACUUUCUAAAACAGACGAAUAUCGAGUAUUGCACAAGGCAAUCAAAGGGUCCCGUAUUUGAAUUCUCAAAACGUACAUCGAUUUCUCGUAUACUCCAAUGCUAGUAGAGCAUGACCCAAAAAACGGAUCUCACAUAUUUCUCAAUUACUCACUACGAAAAUAAAAUAAAAUUAUUUGAUACGCCAACCUUUGUUUGUAUAUUAUCAUAUACAAAAAUUUAAGUAAUCUACUACGCUUUGCACAAAAUUUUUGUUCCGUCUAAAAUAUUUUCCAAAUGACCCGUUUUGUUUUUGAUUCACCUUCUAAUUAAUUUUAAUUUCUAAUCGUAUACAAUAUAUAUUAUGCAUUUUUCUUUUUGUAGUUUAAGAGGAAUUUUCAUCACUCAAGACUUUUUUGUAU